AUGUCUUACAACAAGCCAGAGAAGGGCGAGUUCGGGGAAGGUCCCAAGAUCCACCGCAUCCGCAUCACCCUCACCUCCCGCAAGGUCCAGGCUCUCGAGAAGGUCACCUCCGACCUCAUCGAGCGUGCCAAGUCCAAGCAGCUCCGCGUCAAGGGCCCCGUCCGUCUCCCUACCCGCGUCCUCAAGGUCACCACCCGUAAGACCCCCUGUGGUGAGGGUUCCAAGACCUGGGAUUGCUUCGAGAUGAGAAUCCACAAGCGUUUGAUCGAUCUUAACGCCCCUACCGAGGUUGUCAAGCAGAUCAUCAUCAACAUUGAGGCCGGUGUCGAGGUUGAGGUCACUAUCGCUGCCUAA